GGUUUUUCUACGCUAUAAUUUUGAUUUCCUAAUAACAUUUUGUUGAUUCUUGAACUAUUCUUUUCCGUGCAAUAUUAAUCCAUUCUCAACAAUUUUUUUUAGUAACAGUGUAACACUAAUUACACUAUAAAUAUACGUACGUUGUAGUAAUAGCUUAUCAAGUAAAACGAGAAAGUAAUUAAGGGAUCAGAGCGAGCUAAGAAAGUAAUUAAGAAGAUGAUUAAUAUGGAGGGUUGCCCUAAACAAAAGAGUGAUAAGCUGAGUUGGGUUAGAUCACAGAUAAUUGGAGGCGGCAGUGGUGGUGGUGCAGAAUUCGAGUCCCCGUUUGGCAAGCGUGGAAUCACUUACGCCGAUACAACGGCAACUGCCCGUUCUCUUCACUUCAUUGAAGAUUAUAUCAUUACUAAUGUUCUUCCUUUUUAUGGAAACACUCACACGACGGAUAGCUACGUGGGGAAACGAACUACAAAGACAAUGGAAGAAGCAGCAAGAUACAUCAAAAGAUGUUUAGGUGGUGGAGAAGAGGAUGCCAUUUUAUUCUGUGGUUCGGGCACUACAGCCGCUAUUAAAAGGCUUCAAGAAGUUAUGGGAGUUGCUAUUGCAUCAACUCUAAGAAGCAGAGUUUUAGAGACUCUAAGGAAGGGAGAGCGAUGGGUUGUUUUCUUGGGGCCUUACGAGCAUCACUCGAAUCUCCUAUCAUGGCGAAACAGCCUUGUAGAAGUUGUUGAGAUCGCGCUAACUAAGGAUGGUGGCUCAAUUGAUAUGGAAGCACUAAGAGUUCAGCUUGAGCAUUACGAGUCUACUAACCGGCCUAUGUUGGGUUCGUUCUCUGCUUGUAGCAAUGUCACUGGUAUUGUCUCGGAUACUCGAGCAAUUGCUAGGUUGCUUCAUCAAUAUGGUGCUUUUGCUUGCUUUGAUUUUGCAGCUAGUGGUCCUUAUGUCGAGAUCAACAUGAAAGCGGGCGAAAUAGAUGGAUAUGAUGCUGUUUAUGUUAGUCCACACAAGUUUAUUGGUGGGGCAGGAAGCCCUGGAAUCCUCCUUAUGAGCAAGAAGCUUUAUCUGCUCACUUCUUCCACACCUUCAACCUGUGGUGGAGGAACUGUUUCCUAUGUCAAUGGCUUCAGUGAACAGGACACUUUGUACUCAAACAAUGUAGAAGAAAGGGAAAAUGCAGGGACUCCUCCCAUAACCCAGACGAUUCGAGCAGCAUUAGCAUUCUGGGUUAAAGAAUACAUUGGUGUCAAAACAAUUGAAGAGCAAGAGCAUAACUAUAUGGAAAGAGCUGUGGCAAAACUAGGCAACAUCAAGAACAUUGUAAUUCUCGGAAACACUAGCGUCAAGCGACUGGCUAUCUUAUCCUUCCUUGUGUAUCCAUCCACUCAAAAUAGAGGUGAAACUCGAAAGCAGGACCCAGGACAACGUAAGCCACUGCACGGUCGUUUUGUCGCGAAACUGCUUAAUGACUUGUUUGGUAUUCAAGCUAGAGGAGGGUGUGCUUGUGCAGGACCAUAUGGUCACUACUUGCUCGAUGUUGAUAAAGACUACUCUUUGGCUUUAAGAGCGUCAAUCCAACAGGGUUAUGAGGGAGUUAAACCAGCAUGGACAAGAGUUAGCUUCCCAUAUUACAUGUCAAAAGAAGAAUUUAAGUUUGUAUUGGAUGCAGUGGAAUUUGUGGCAACUUAUGGACAUCAAUUUCUUACAUUAUACCUCUUUAACUGGAGAAAUGGGGAUUGGACCUACAACAAUAAGGCGUUCGACAAAAUUCUUCAUAAUGCAAGAAACAACAUUGUAGAUGAGGUGAAAUUCGCUAGAUUUAUGCAAGAUUUGAAGCUAAGAGCUAAAGUGGUGAAAGAAACUGGUACAAACAAAAGUACUAAUGAUAAAAAUCCAACAGCCAAGUACGACUCGUAUCUGGAGACUGCCAUCUUCAUAGCUUCUCUGUUACCAGUUAACCCUAAGCAAGGUUGGAUUCCAGAAGAAUUGGACAUUGAUAUUAUGAUAUACCCUUCAGCAUCUAGAUACUUUAUUUAGUCUUGUUUAUAUAGAGGAAAUCUAUCAAUUUUUUAUCUGUGUAUUUAUACAAUUUAUCUAAUUUAAUGUAAUCUGAAAAGGAAGAAAAUAAAAGGAUAAUAGAUAGCUAGAAAACAUGUAAACCAUGUUUUGCAACUUGUACAGUAUAAGCAAUAAGAACGUCAGUAUUAUUCAA